AUGCAAGGUGCCGGGGAGAUGCCGGGUCCCGGAGAAACACCGGACCCGAAAGAGGCACUGCUGGCGAUCAUCCUGGAAACUGGCGGGACGGGGAUUGUUGAGGACUACAUCUGCAACUCGCUUGUGAAGGAGCAGUGGGACGAGGAGCAGACACGCCGUAUGGAGGAGAUGUACAGGCGCGAGAUGCAGGAGGAGUUGGGCCCGGAACAGCAGGCGUUCGGGGCCGAGGUCGACGCCAGCGGGUCUUCGCAACCACUCCCAGACCCACAGCAAAGUAUGACCUCGCCAACCGGGCAGAAGCCGAGUGAUUUCGAAGCAGUACCGAUGACGUACAAGGAUGUGAUGUGUUCCAAGCACAAGGUUUUCUGGGAGGCGGCCAUGAAGAAAGAGAUAGAUGGCCACGACAAGACUGGAACCUUUACCAAGGUCAAGGAGCUGCCCGAGGGGCGGAAGGCCAUAGGUUCAAAGUGGGUGUUCUCUCGGAAGACGAAUGAGAGGGGCCUGAUAGUCGACUUCAAGGCCCGUAUGGUUGCGCG